CUUACACCUCAAUCCUCCAUUAGUUAUCUCUUGUUUCUCCCCCCCCUCCCUCUUCCUUCACUCUCCUCUCUCAUACACAAGGUGUCGACCCCGACAACCUUCUCCCUCUCGCCCACCUGCGCCGGCGGAAAGCCAUCAUCACAAUGGCCGCCAACGGUCUCUCGGGCCCUGUCAUGGUCCAGGAAUCGGCGCAGGUAGUCGAUCUCACUUCCUCUGACCCGCCCACCGAGCGAGUCUAUGAACCCGCAGGCGCAACUGUCGCAACCACUGCGAAAGCGGACGAUUCUUCGGACGAUGGUUUGGACGAUGCCUCCUUGUAUGAGGAGAUCCUCGAAGAGGGCCCUAACAUGGAAUUCUCCACAGAUUCCGCCGACACUUGCCCUCCGGAAGAAUCGCGCAGUCUCAGGAAUCGCCUCCACGAGGUGGGCGCAAACCAGUUCGUCCUGGAGAAUAUCACGACCGGCAAAUACUCCGCGCGCAAGCUGUGCAGCGCCUUUGGGGUGAAAAUCCCAAAGUUCAUGACAGAUUUCGUCGACGAGGCCUUCUACCAAUUGCUUGGCCUAGCCAUAAGUCGAGAACUGAACAAGCGACGCAGGCUAGAACAGUAUAAGACCAUCGACGACGCCGCGCAGUUGUUGCGGGAGCGCAAGAAUAUAAUGGUUAUCACUGGUGCAGGCAUUUCGACGAGUCUUGGCAUCCCCGACUUUCGGUCCAAGAACACCGGUUUCUACUCGAAGUUGCUAGAAAUGGGCUUCGAGGAUCCGGAGCAGGUAUUCGACAUACACAAUUUUGACGAGGACCCCAAGGUCUUCUACACACUCGCUGGUGACAUCCUGCCUGAUCUGAAGAAGUGGACGCCGACACAUGAAUUCAUCCGUCUGCUGCAAGACAAGGAUAAGCUACUCACCAACUACACCCAGAACAUCGACAAUGUGGAGUCGCAUGCUGGCAUUAGAAGGGAUAAAUUGAUUCAGUGCCAUGGUUCUUGGGCAACAGCCACUUGUCGGAAGUGCAAAUAUCGCAUCCCUGGCGAAGAUAUCUUUGGGGACAUUAGGAACCACACGCCUGCCGAGUGCAAGAAUUGCCUCAAGGAGAUUGCACUACAAGGCGACCGGCCAGGUAUGAAGCGUAAACGGAGCUCGAAUGGAAAUGGCAGCAGGAAGCGGAGAAAGUCUGACGAGUCCGAUUCCGAUGACGACGGACAGUACGACAUCCCGCAGCCAGGCAUCAUGAAGCCAGACAUUACCUUCUUCGGAGAAGCACUUCCCCAGGAUUUCUUCGACAGGCUACGGGAGACCGAUAAAGAGAAGGUCGAUCUCGUCAUUGUGAUUGGCACCAGCAUGAAGGUUGCACCCGUCUCGGAAAUCCCCAACUUUGUCCCGGGCGAUGUUCCACAGAUUUACAUCUCGCGCGACCCAAUCCACCACAUCAACUUCGACAUCAACCUCCUCGGCGAUAGCGAUACCAUCGUUGCAGAGCUCGCCCGCCGGGCCGGCUGGGAUCUCAAACACAGCAUGAUACCCGAGAACCAGAAAAUAGACGUUUUCCCCAUCGACGAGUACGAGCAUAGGUACGGCGUGAAGGUGCAGGGCCGCCUGGACCCCAAGCCAGAAGCUCCCGGCCACACUGCCUGAGUUUCCGUAAUCAUCCAGGCAUAUUCUUGUAACUUUUAUUCAUGGGCAUUUUACGCUUUGCUCUCCGGAGUUAGUGUGUAUAUUGGCGGGCAUACCAGCAAGAGCGGUUUCACGAUCAUGGCGAGUAUGGUAUGAACUGGUGUACUUGAAUUAUGGGACUGUUGAUAGCGGGCUUCAAACUUUCAGGCGUCAGGGCGGAUACGAUUCAUGAACGAUAUCACACUUUCCGGUUUUUCUCCUUCACGUAUGGAAUCCAUUGUAUGUUUGGGGUUUUUGGCAUUUGAAACACAUUCUGUAGACCUCCAAUUGAAUUUUGUUCAGAUGGGUACCAUUGAUUCGAUCCAUCCAGAAGGCAGUCCCGCCAGACUGUCUCCCAG